AUGGACUACUCGAAUCCCUCUUCACAUCAGUCCAAUAUGAAUUAUGUUGAACGGACUACUACCAUGCUGCCUGCCUCGGGCCAAGCCAUCAAUCAGCCUAGCGCAUUCGGCAUCAAUCACGACAAAACCAAUACCACCUCUAUUCAACAUGGGUCCAGAGGAAUGCCAAAUCAGGAAGGAAUGUAUACUUUAUUCGGUGGAGAUGGAAUGAGGGACCCUGGUAUGGAGGAUGAGAGCUACUAUAUGGUGGCGGCUUACUCUCAAGGUCCCAACCACAGCGCACCCGUUGGCUUCACCUACCCAGUUGGAAACCUUGACACUACCAACCAGGUCCCUGUCGACGGCUUCUUGUGUCAAGAAACUCCAGGUUGGUUAAGCAAUGGGGUUGAACCAGCCUGUUUCGGCCUUUUGCAGGCAUCAGGGUUUUGGCCCCGAAGUGUGGAGUUUGGUACAAUCGACAACACUUUUGAUCAAGGCAGCUUCAACAACCCCCUCAUGUUCGACCAAGGUAGCACAUUCAACCAAGAAACCUCAAACUCCUUUGAUUCUCGAUAUGUCAUCGGCGGUACCGCCACCAUGGAUGGUCUUGAAGACGCCUUCAAUCUAUGCAAUGUUAAUGACAAAACAUUCCAGGCCUAUCUUGCGGUCAUCGAUGAUUUCGACUUGGCUAUCUCGCAAAGUGGCUUUAGCAGUGGUGUCAAUGAACAUGCCUCCAGUGGCGCUCUUGCUAUGAGCGAUAUUGAAAUGAUUUCCGCCAACCAUACGCAGCACCAACCGCGGAUUCCAGUUCAGUUUCGUCGUUAUCCUCCUCGACGCAGGAGGAAGGAUAACUCCGUCGAGAAACCACAACCAGUGGAGAGAGGCAAUUGGGAGCGUUGGCGAAAAGCCCUCUACCAUGCGUAUGUGGAGGAAAACCGCACAAUGAAGGAGGUAGUGUCUGAAAUGUCCUCAAUCCUUCACUUCAACAAAGCUGUAAGUACGUGCCGGAAGGUGAUUAAAAAGUGGCCGGAAUUUCGUAAAAACAAAAUAGGCGAGCAUGUUGCAAGGAAUCCUCGUCGCCGAUCGGCCGCAAGGCUACCGAAGCCACCGAAAACAACCAACCUCCUCUCUUUACCUAAGAGAGUAUCGACGAAACCAAAUGCCCAGCUUGUCCAAAUACCAUCGAUCCUUGAAGAACCUUACAGUAAUCAACGAAGAAUGUUUAACAGCAUCAACGUUUUUGCUCAGAGUCUUUUCGGCGCAAAAACCCGGCCUUGGAAAUAUAGUACCACCACAUUCACCCCACCAACCGGAGUAACAGACAGUUCGGCCGCCUGGCAACUCGUGUUGGACACAUGCUUGGGUAUUGUGACAGUCUCCGAGGGACGGGUGGGCGGCAAGGUCCAGUUUUUGCUAAAGAAUCUCUUUGUGGCAUUGGACGCCGCCACGCAGUCGCGCGACCCAAAUUUUCUGAGCCAGUUCUGGAGAAUUUGUGUUUGUCUACUGAGAAUUCGACCUCACAGCCGGGCGCACGCCAAACAAUUCAGCUUCCUGCGUGUCUUCCUCCUGCGGCUAAAAGGCGGAUUCUUGAAGUUCUGUGGGAACACGAAGGACCCCCUUGUAGAGUUCGUGGACUCACUUAUCCGGGUCUUGGAAUCUUCGCCCCGCGAUCUUAAAGCAACACUAGGGCUAACCUGCUCAAAAGCUAUUGAGACACUGGGUGAUAUGAUCGGAAAGGAACAUUUCAUCGUGGUGAACAUGACCUCGGAUUGCCUCAGGCACUGGAACAGCAUGUUUCGAGCCGAUAAGAAAUUGCCAGAGGAACCGCCAGAGGAAUCGUUAGACUCGGAGAUAUCGCUAGAGGAGUUACUAGAGUCACGAUACCAGUCUCUUUUGCGGAGCUGUGACCCUAACGAAGUCGAUCUACAGAUCACGCUCUUAUACGAAUACAUAAAUGCCAUGUCAAAAGGAAAGUACGUCUCUGAAAUUGUUGCCGGACACGCCGACCAGCUGCGGGGGCUCACAGUGGGUCGAUGCCGCGCAGAAGCAGAACAGAACAAUUUGCGGCACACCCUGACCACUCGAGCCUUUGCAUUCUCCUCGGAACUGCUUGCGAAGUACCAUCUCGAGACGUGGGAGAAAGGGAGACCGGGGCGCGGGCGCAGCCCUGAUGAUAUUUCCGAUCUUUUAGAUGAAGCAAUCGAGAUAUUGCGUCGGGGUGAUAUUGCAUGUCAACUCCAAGCUGCCCACUGUUCGAGACGGCUGGCAGUGUGGUUUAAGACAUUCUACCCAGGCGAUAAACUCAGGAGUAAGAGCCACAGGGCUAAAGGAGCCAAGGCUCAAGCAGAGAAACGUCGGACGAGCGAAAUAAUGUCCUGUAUUAAGAAAGAGCCAUGUGUGAUACCUAGAGAAGGCCUUCCCGUUGGAGCCAAGAGAGGCAGCCGGAACAACCGUUGGCGACGCAAACAAAUAGCUGAACGAGAUCUCUUUUUGUCGGCUCUAUUGAAGGGCGGACAGAAUGAGCCUGAGACGGACAUUCGCUGA